AGGUUACUAGAUAUAACCUAGAAGUUGGGUCUUGGGUGUAAUGGUGUUUGAAAUCGCCCAUCCACUCGUUUCUCCUUUGUCCAGUCUUGGCGUUUCAUUGGUAGCUUGCCCUCCUAUCACAAAAUCACUUUCUGAAGUCACCUAUCAGCAAAUUUCCUGAUGUUUUUGUCUUUUUUUAUGAAAACAAGUCAAAAUGGUCCAAACUGCUGCGACUGAAGCUACUCAAGCAUUGAACAGUUUCUGGCCUAAAGUUGCUGAGGAUGUAAAAAUUCUCAACAAUAAUGAUUUCAAGCAACAAGAACUACCACUGGCCAGAAUUAAGAAGAUCAUGAAACUCGAUGAUGAUGUGAAAAUGAUAAGUGCGGAAGCCCCUGUUCUGUUUUCAAAGGCAGCUGAACUUUUCAUCACAGAAUUGACAUUGCGUGCUUGGAUUCAUACAGAAGAUAACAAAAGAAGAACACUGCAGAGAAAUGACAUUGCCAUGGCUAUUUCCAAAUAUGAUCAGUUUGAUUUUCUAAUUGACAUUGUUCCUAGAGAUGAAUUAAAACCUCAAAAAGCACGUGAAGAAACUCCUUCAAGGCCUGCAUCUAAUAUUCCAGAUCAGGUUCAAUACUAUCUUCAACUUGCCCAACAAAAUCAACAAGCACUUCAGCAAGCUACUCAGCAGCCUCAACCUGCAUCAUUAGGUGGUUCUGCUAUUGGUAGCCAACAACAGACUAUUCAAAUUGUUCAAGGUGGAGGGCAAAUUCAAACCAUUAGUGUCAUGCCAGCAACUCAAUUGGUACAAGCAACACCACAAGCAGCAGCUGCUGCAAAUCCCAUAUCCAUUACAAAUUCUCCCAAUGCAACACAACAGCCAGCUACUCAAUUAGCACUUCAAGGAUUAAAUCUCCAGCAACAUCAGCAACAACAGCAGCAGCAACAACAACAGCAGCAGCAGCAGCAGCAGCAAACACAACAACAACAACUUGGAGGAAUUCAAAUUGUUCAGCAGAUUGUUGGUCCCAAUGGAGAGAUCCAACAAAUUCCGCUUCAACUCUCCGCACAACAACUUCAAAUGAUUCGGAUGCAACUGGGGGCUGCAGGAAAUGGACAGCAAAUUGUUCUUCAAACUUCUGCACCUCAGCAGGGUCAACAAGAGUAGUAUAAUUAUCGGAAAUGUUUUGGAACACUGCUUUUAUAAAGUUCAAUUCCUGAAUUACUGUGUACAAAUUAAAUGGAUUGAGCGUGUGAACGUGCUAGAAUUGGGGAAUACAGAAAACUUGAUCGUC